UUGGUAUCAUAAAACCAGGAACUUUUAACAACCUAGAUUCCCUCAAGAGGCUACGACUGGAUUCUAAUAACUGAUUUGUGAUUGUGAGUUAUUAUGGUUAGUUGUUAUGAUGACAGAUGCUAGAAACUCAGGAAACACUCAGUCAGCGGCCACAUGUCAUCAUCCAUUGUCAUUGAGAGGCAGACAACUGGUUACCGUAACAACUGAAGAACUUAAUUGUAUUGCACCACAUUUUGUGAUGGAACCUUCUGAUGUUGAUGCAACGUACGGUAACCAAGUGUUCUUUAGUUGCCGUGCAACUGGUGAUCCUAAACCAGAUAUAAAAUGGCUUCACAAUAAUGUGUUAAUAGAUGCUGAAGAUGGUAACUACAAUGUAUUAGAGGACGGUACAUUGAUGAUUCCCCAUGCAGAAGAUGAUGAUGAAGGUACAUAUGAAUGCAUGGCAAGAAAUGCCGCUGGACAAGCUGUUACAAGAGUUGCUGAGUUACGCUACUUGGGUAAGCAAA